CUAAUUUUCGCAACGGCCAUUUAAAUUGAGGCGGAGGUUUAAGUUUUAACGCAACAUGUUAACAAUGGCAGCCAAAAAAAAAGCCCUUUCCAAACUACAUCAAAAAUUUUCCCAAGAACAAAUACAUCCAUGGCCCUGACUUUCGGAACCGCUUCUACUGUUCUACACCCGACAACUUCAAUAUCUUCAAAGAUUUGUAAGAAGAAAAUUGGGUGGAAUAUCUGUGAUACUGCAUCUCCAUCUUGUCGAAAGGCGGCUGCUGCUCUCUCUGAAGGAACUGAUAGUAGAUUCACCGACCAGGAUUCGCCUGCUUACGCUGGGUCAUCUUCUUCUGCUCGGGUUCAACUAGAUCUCUUGGAACAACUCACUGGUGCCGGUAGCUCGUCUGUUGACGGUUAUACGAGCGAUGGUAACUCUGGUGGGCCAACGGUACGCGAACAACUUGCAAAUUUGGUCGGUGAUCGUGAUGACAAUUUCAGCCUUCCGUUAGGUAAAAACUUAAAGAAGGUGACUGCUAAGUUCUUGACCAUAUCCCAGAAAAGGAAUAUCCGGAGGCAGUCUUACUUGAACGAAGUGUCUCGAAGGAAUGACUCGGUUUUCUUUGCCACCAUUGGUGCUUUUGUCAUCCUACCACCUGUUGUCAUUUUAGUGAUAGCAAUUGCAAUGGGUUACGUGCAGCUUUUUCCGUGAUUAAUUUCAACUCUGUACAUAUUAUAGUGAAAUACUUUUCAUCUGAUAUAAAAGAAAUUCAUAUUCCAUUUACAAUGUACUGAGAUUUGAGUAAGGGACUGUCCAUGUAAUCAGAGUCUACACAUUUGAAGUCCAAGACAAACCAAAUCGUGCUACAAGCCUACAUCAAUCGGAAAGAACAAUUAAAUAUUUUUUUAGCGGCAUUCUCUUUACGAGUAUUGCAAUCGGCAUCAGAAAACCAACCGAAGCCCAUAGUAGGAUCCCGUGAAGUUUGAUCUCGAAUAAAAGCUUCUGAGAAGGUAGCAUGUCAUAAGCUUGAACAAAGGAUAAUAAACUCUAUCAGGAUACAUAUAUUGUAAGAUAAUGAAAAGCAGCUGCAAAAG